CCAACUGAUCCUCAAUUCUUUCCGAAAUACUUGAAGGUUUAGUCUAGGCAUUUCAAUGACUGUGGAUAUUUCUAGAUGAAUACAUCAAAGUUCAAUCACACGACCACUGCGUACUCAACUCGUCUAGAAUAUUUAGCCCUUCAAGUGGGUAGAAGGUUCAUAUUGUGACCGUAGAGAAUAUCUACACGUGUCAAUAAUUUGUAUUUGCUACUCGGCGGUGAAACAAUGUUUACCAAUAGUAUUCUCGUUUUUUUCAUAUUUAGUAUGGCAAACGCCUACAAUGUCCUCGUCAUACAACCCGGACCUUCUUUCAGCCAUCAACAACCCAUAAUGUCACUUACCGAGGCAUUGGUCGCAAAGGGGCAUCACGUGUUUGCGGUCACUCCAAAUGAAGUUCAGGGUUUACAAAGCGACAAUUACACUCAUGUUGAUCUAUCGUUCUCCUACACGAUGUACGCGGGUGGCACUGGCAACAAAGCAGACAAAGAAGCCUUAAAUUUGCAGAAACCAAUGACAUUGUGGGAGUUCAUCGAGCCUUUUCGACAGACGACAAAAAUUCCGCCACGCCAGUUUAAAAGUCAAGCAUUCUUAGAGUUUCAAAAGAAAGUGAAGGCAGAAAAUCUGCGUUUCGACGUUGUCAUUGGACAGUGGUGUUACAUUCCAUUUAUCUGCGGAAUGACCCGGUAUCUGAGCUCUUCGGAUCAGUGCCCUCCGAUAAUAUCCUUCUCGACGUUCUCGAAAGAUGAGUUCAACGAGGCUGCCCUAGGGAGCCUGCCUCACCCCUCUUUCAUCCCUCUCGUGACACCGUUCACAGAUAAGAUGAGCCUGUGGCAGAAAAUCCAGAACUGGGCCAUCUCCGAGAUCUUUUUCCCGAAAUUGAGAGAUAUCAUGGAAGAGGCAGCUGAAGAAUUCUUCCGUCAGAACUACGGGCCUGGCGCCGGCCGGUUGGUUGCGGGCUGUUGGAGCAACGUGAGCUUGGUCAUAAACACGGGUAAUUUUGUGACCGCUUACCCGCGCCCUCUAUCGCCGAAUGUGAUCGAAGUGGGGCCGAUGCAUAUUCGCGCACCUGAGAAACUGCCUCAGACUCUACAGGAGUGGCUGGAUGGGGCGAAGGAAGGAGUGAUUUACUUCAGUCUUGGUAGUAACAUGCGGAGUAAAUCCCUGCCUCAAGAAGUCCUGUCUAACUUAUUGCGAGUUUUUAGAGAAUUACCCGAUGGUUACCGAGUUUUGUGGAAAUGGGAGGAGGACGAGCAGAUUCCAGGGCAAUCAGAAAAUAUUCUCACUACAAAAUGGUCACCGCAACAGAGCGUAUUAGCACAUCCAGAAGUCAAGGUGUUUAUGAUGCAAGGAGGACAUCAAAGUUUUCAAGAAGCAGUGCAUUACGGUGUACCUACCAUAGGUAUACCGUGGUUCGCUGAUCAGGAGGCUAACGUAUUGAGGAUGGAAACAUUGGGCAUUGGAGUGUUGCUUAAGCCACAAAAUCUAUACUCCUAUAAAAUAAUAAAAUCAAUUGUUAACAGGAUUCUUCAUGACGAUAGUUUCUCAAAAAAUGCGAUUCGGAUGUCCGCAAUAUCGAGAGAAUUCACGUCACAGUCUAUCUCAAAGGCAGUCUUUUACGUAGAGCACGUCGCCAAGUAUGGAGGUGCAGAACAUUUGCGACCAUCAACCGCUGAUAUCAAUUAUUUUCAGUACUUCUGCUUGGACCUUAUUACUUUCAUUUUAUGUGUUAUAUUUAGCCUGUUUUAUUUUGUUCGGCAGUGUUUCAAACAUUCUGUCGAAACAAUAUUUAUACGAUCAAAGAUGAAACGUUUUUGAUAAGAUCAAACAUAAAAACUUUGCGAAAUCAUGAUUAUUUUAAAGAGGCUGUGAACUUGUGAUACCAUGUAUUAACAAUUAUCUUGUACAAAAAAAAAUUGUUAUUGUGCGGUUAUAUAA